UGGGGAUGAGAGAAGGAAGAGUAUGGUUGCUAUCAUUUCUCUUCUCACACCUUUGUCGAAAGCCUUGGGAUCGAAGGCAGGGCUGUUAAUCAUGGCGUAGGGGAAGUAUAAUCAUCUCCCUGUAAUUGCAGAGUGCUAAAAGCACAUACAGCUAGCUAGCCCAGAGACGACAGAGAGAGAGAGAGAGAGAGGAGAAAAAUAAUAAUUAAAGUCAGAGAGAGGUAUGGAGAUGAAUAACUCACGCCCUCUCUUUCUUUCUUUUCAAGGCUGCUUUAAUAAGCUGUAAACUUGAAAGAGUAAAGAGGAAACUCAGAAAAGUGGCUAAAAGCAAGCAGGUAUGUGGGUGUCACCUGAACUGUCUUUCUUUGAAUAGAGCGAGAGAGAUUCCUAGAGCAAAGCUAGCUAGUUAAUUUUAAUUUCCACUCAUCUUGGGAUUUUCAAGCCUUUUAAUAUAAGAUUAUCAUCAUGGAGUCUGCAAAUCUCCAUCACCAACAUCAGCUCCAAGACCAGCUUGUUGGGUCUUCUUCUUUGGCCAACCCAACUUGCUAUGGAGUUGGAAGCAACCAUGGUUGGACCCCAAAUAUCACUGUGAAUACUGGUAACUUCAAUCCAAAUGCCGACGGAGUUUUCUCAAACCCAAGAGACUCGAGGCAGUACAAUGACAUUCUUGUCCCCUCUCUGAACAGUUCCAUGGUCCAAGACUUGGGGUUUCACUGGACUAGUAAUGCAGGGUGUUUCACCAGUAGUACUACUGAUCAGUCUGCCCAUGACCUACACGACCUCACGAAAAUUAAGGAAGAGCUCUCGGAAUCUUUCCCCAAAUUCACUGAAAUGUUAAACAGUUCCUCAAGUAUUGAAGAUUACCAUCUUCAUCAUCCAACAGACUGCAUAAAGGACGAGCAAAAAGAUCAUCUGAGUCAUGAACUCAGUGAGAAGCUCUUGCUGAAGACCGUCUCGUCCAAAGGAUUCUAUUCUAAUUCUCAGAACCUCCCUAGUUUUGGAGGUGCGGCAAUGCCAAGUAGAGGGAACUUCAGCCAGAUUUAUCCCAGCAUAAAUAUUUCCAACGUGAAUCAAUCGCCAUCGCCGUCAGCAAUUUCAAGCUCCUUGGACAUGAACUUGCAGUCCUUGGAUCCAUUAACAUCUGAAAGAUAUAGUAGUGGAUCAAGUUUUAGCCAAUUGCCUAAUUCGAAUGAUAGACUUGGCGUAUUUAAAGAGAGCCCUUUCGGUCUUGAAAAUAUGCAGCAAUUAACCCACAGGCUAUCAAGUAGCCCUAGCAAUAUAUCACUGUUCACAAAUAGAGUAAGAGAAGCAAAGAGACCCAGCAGUUUGAUGGAGGCAAAGUCAUCUCAAGCUGCACCUAAGAAACCGCGAUUGGAGUCACGCGCUUCAUGUCCACCCUUUAAGGUUAGGAAAGAAAAACUAGGAGAUAGAAUUGCUGCUCUUCAGCAGUUGGUGGCUCCCUUUGGCAAGACAGACACAGCAUCGGUACUAAUGGAGGCUAUCGGGUACAUAAAAUUCCUUCAAAACCAGGUCGAGACACUGAGCGUCCCAUACAUGAAGUCAUCAUCACGAAACAAGACAGCUUGUAGAACAAUGCCAGUGGGUUCGGUGAACGAUAUUGGAAAUGAUCAAGAACCAAAGCGAGACCUUAGAAGCCGAGGGCUGUGUCUCGUACCUUUGUCGUGCAUGUCUUAUGUCACAGGUGAUAGCGGCGGUGGAGGCGUUUGGCCUCCAGCACCUAACUACGGUGGAGGAACUUAAGAAUAAUUAUAUAUAAUAUGAAAUUAAUAAUCAUCAUGUAUCUUAAACGUCAGCCGUAGUACUAAAUUAAUUCUGGCCGGGCAUGCAAGACAGAUCUUAAUUAGUAGUACUGCUUAUUCUAUUAAGCCCGGCCUUAAUAUUAUUUGGGAGCCAGCCUUUACGUACCUUUCUCGGUCUAGCUAGCAUCUAUAAUUUAGUGGAGCAAAUUUGGUCAUCCUGUU